AUAUUUAGGGUAGCGGUGCACGGGUUACUUUUUCGGUCUAAAAUUUGAGCGAAAUUUAUUUUUUUUGGGCCAGCCAAUUUUUUACAAUUACUUUUUUGGGUUUAUGAAAUGCCGAAUUAUUUCUUUGGGCCUUGAAUGUGACAACAGUGGAGCCAACACACAGGGCCGACCACGACGCUGCUCAGGCAGCCAUUCGUCCCCAGGGACAAUAAAAAACCAGACAGCUAUGACUACGUACUGAACAAUGAUGCAAAGAUGAUUCUAAUUAUCAUGGGUGUUAGUGGGUCAGGAAAAACAACUAUAGGCACACUUCUUUCAGAGAAGAUGUCUAUUUUGUUUGCUGAUGCUGACGAUUUUCACCCAUCAUCGAACAAAUCAAAAAUGAGUUCUGGUAUACCACUGACUGAUGAGGAUAGGGAACCCUGGUUGGAUAUAUUGAAGGACAUGAUAUCACGCUGGGAUUCAGAAGGCACUGAUGCUAUUUUGGCAUGCUCUGCAUUAAAGAAGUCUUACAGGAACCAUUUGCUAUCAGGAUUGAACCAACUAACUGCACAUCAUUCACAAAACGAUGUAUUAAGAACAGGAAUAUUUGUUUUUCUAAAAGGCUCUUUGGAGUGCAUUCAUAGACGCAUGUCCCAAAGAAAAGACCACUUUAUGCCUCAAGCAUUGUUACAAUCACAGUUCAAGGACUUAGAAGAGCCUGAUCCAGAAAAAGAAAACGUUAUCACUGUAAAUGUUAGUUCUAGUACUGAUGAAAUUGUUAAAUGUAUAGAAUUGAAAUUGCAGAGUUUUGUUAAAUUUUGAUAAUACGUUAUAAGGAGAGAUCUUAGAUAUCUUCCCACUCCUUUUAGAGUUUCAGACCCUUGUUUCAUACUCCUUAAAUACUUAGUAAGUUGAUAUUUUUUGUCUCUAACAAACUCUUUAUCAAAUAUAGAAACAUCCAUUGCAUCGGGGCAAUGAUUUUCUGACUUUGUAAACUGCUUGAUAACACAAAAAUUUGUUGGGUUGUAGCCUCUACCCACUUUUUUCAAAAUAUGUGAAAAUCCUUGGACCUACUUUUCUAAGGUUAUAAUUGAAUCAAAGAAUUAAUGCCAUGUCCAUGUAUAUGCUAAGGAGAUUUAUCGUGUAAAAUUUAUGAUCCAAAGGUCGACCAUACAACCUUCUUAUAUCUACGACCGACCAUACAAGUUUUCUUAUAUCAAAUGUUUGUUUACAAUCGUCUUAGAUGUAUGCCCAUAAAAAGAAUCUAACUUAAAAUCGUACAAAUCAUCUCUUUUAUAACAUUUGCAAAGAGUGUUGGAAAAAAAGCAAUAGCAAGAAAUAAUGUUAUUUAAUAAGUGUAAUCUUAGGCCUUUCUUUCAAGCAUAUAUUUGAAACCAAAGAUAAAUGUUUGUAUAUACGUUGUGUAUAAGAAGUAUAUAAAUUAUUAACGAAUAGUUUUGUAUUUUGUCUUCCUUUUUGGUAUACGAUCUCUAAUUACACCCCUGUUGAUGCAACCAAUUUAACUGUUCUCCAUUGUAUUGUUUCAGUAUUCAAUCUAUCUUAAAUUUUCAUAAUUCUCAAAAUUUCUAGCCAUUACGUCUUUCAAAUCUUGAUAUUAGCAGAUAGACUUAUUUUCGCUAAAAAUCUUGUAAUUCAGCUACCAUUUAAAGGAAUGUUUCUUGUUUCAAUAAAAGAAUAUUUUAUCUUCUUAUUAAUAUUUAAUCCUCUGGAUUUCUCUUACUUCCUAUAUGGUUCUUUUCAUGUUUUUAUAUAAUAAUUUUAUCAACGACAUCGUGAAGAUUGGACUUUAACAUGUUGUUAUCC